UGUAAUUUACAUACAGGUGUAAGCCGAAGGUUAGUUGAUUUCGUUCUACCAUGUCACUUUUCAAAACUCUGACUAGAACGUCUUUCAGACCAAUUUCGCGAUGUUAUUCCCGUUCAGUCACCACAAAACGCCCUCAUUUUCCAUGCGUAGAAGUUCAUGCUGUACGAGAGUCCCAACUACGACAAAUGGCAGUCAACCCCAUCCCAUCUUCCACAUCGAGCACUGAUUCUGCUGAAUCUGGUCCAGAACCCCCUUAUGCUAGGCCGAAUCCCAAGAGCUACCACGUAUAUCACGAUCCAGCUUCCCUCCAACUGACCUAUUCCUCUCAACUUCCUUCUUUCGAUGUUGCCUACGAAACAUGGGGUAAGCUGUCACCGAAAAAGGACAACGCAAUUCUUCUACAUACCGGGCUUUCUGCGUCCUCCCAUGCUGCGUCAACCGCUCUCAAUUCUGCACCUGGAUGGUGGGAGAAGUUCAUAGGGCCUGGAAAAGCUCUCGACACAAACCAGUUCUUCAUCAUUUGUACCAAUGUCAUUGGUGGCUGUUAUGGUUCCACAGGUCCCUCAUCCAUAGAUCCCACGUCUGGUACUCACUAUGCGACCAAUUUCCCAAUCCUUUCUAUCUUCGACAUGGUCCGUGCCCAAUUUCGCCUUUUAGAUCACCUCGAAAUCGACAAAUUGUAUGCGAGUGUGGGCUCAUCUAUGGGAGGAAUGCAAAGUUUAGCAGCAGGCUGGCUUCAUCCAGAGCGUGUUGGCAAGAUAGUGAGUAUCAGUGGAACAGCACGCAGUUCACCAUCUGCAGUAGCGAUGCGUUAUGCACAGCGAAGUGUCCUCAUGGCGGAUCCUAAUUGGAACUAUGGGUUCUACUAUGAUGGACUACCACCGCAUACUGGAAUGAAGCUAGCAAGGCAAAUCGCUACCAUCACUUACCGAUCCGGUCCAGAAUGGGACCUUCGUUUUGGUCGUCAGAUGAGGCCAGUACUCGAACAACCACCCGACAAACCGCGGACACCCGCUUUGUGUCCUGACUUUCUGAUAGAAACUUAUCUUGAUCAUCAGGGCGAACAAUUUUGUCUAAAAUACGACGCGAACUCCCUCAUCUACAUUUCAAAGGCAAUGGACCUAUUCGACCUAACAGCAUCAUCACUCAGUGCCAACCAUCUUCAAUCUCCGUCUGUCUCUUCGUCGGCAUCAACACACUCACUUUCGCCAUCAUCCACUCCCCACAGAACGUCUCACUCGAAAUCUCAUCCUCCGCCGGUCAAUCCUGCGCCACAUCUCACAGACCUCGCUGAAGGCAUGCAGCCACUAGCGCAGAUCCCCACUUUAGUCUUGGGCGUACAAAGUGAUAUUCUUUUCACAGUGGAACAGCAGCGAGAGAUGGUGGAUGCAUUGCGUCUAGCGGGUAAUGAACAAGUAUCGUAUUAUGAAUUAGGAGGGGUUUGGGGUCACGACACAUUUUUGCUCGAUGUGCUGAAUGUCGGCGGUGCAAUCAGAGGAUUUCUGUCAUAGGAGUCAGCGUAUCUGUAGUGAAUUGUAAUUAGCUUUGACUCCAUUGGAUGCUUUCAACAGCUCGCAUACCUUCAAACUGUUUUCAGAUCAUACGAUAUAGCCAAGGCGAUUCUCCUCAGAUAGAUAGGCAGAUUCAAUAUUAUGAGACGGAAGAAUCAUGGAAGAAUUGCGGAGGUUGGUCAACCUUUGCUGAUAGAUCGACAGUCCAGACUCCAGAGUCGAUCUUAUCGCUAAACCUUCCUAAUUCGGACUACUUCGAGUGAAGACCUUUCCAGCGCUUAAACAUAUACACU